AUGGUAAUCGAAUCUAUGCUUUAGGAUAAUGUUAUUCCAAGACGUAAAUAUGCAAGAAAAAGAUUGCACGCUGCUAAAUUUGCAAUUACGGAAGAAUGGAGAGUAACUUGUCUCAAAUGUACAACCGUCAGUGGCUAUCGAAAAAGAAGAAUACGAGAUUCUAAUUCGAGUAAACGACAAUGAAAUGGUUCCGACAAGAAAUGAUUAAAAAUAAUAUAAUUGUCCUGUAGGUGUGUCAGUAUCAAUCUAUAGCUUAAUUCAUCUUAUUUAAAAUCGAAAUUCAUUCUACUAAAUUAAGCAAAUUCAUUAAAGAGCAGCAAAUCCAGCAAGACUUCUUUAAUAUAUUUCUCAGCUUAACGGUUCUUUAGGUUGCAAGGAUUUGGAAUAUUCACUUAUUUCAAUUUCAAUCUCUAUCGUAGCCAUCUAAAUCAAUUUUAUCCAACCGAAUCCUCUUAGCUAAAAAAUAUAUCCACUACAGAGAGUAAUAUGUAUGAUUUGGUGUCAAGUAUUUAUUUGGUGGGUUGAUGAAAUGGGGGAAAUUGGAGCAAUCUAGGGAUUUGGAGAGGGCCCUUUUUGGUUUUGAGGAAAAGGGCAGUUUCUGAUUUGAAGGGAUUUACAGUGAAAGGGAGAUGAAGGAUUUGAUGGGGAGCCCAGGGUCUGUCAGUGGAUUAUUGUUGAGGAUUUUGCAAUGUAUACUUGCAGCUGGGUCCGUUGGAGUUAUGGUUUCUGCUCAUGGGUUUUCUAACUUCACUGCUUACUGCUAUCUGAUUGCAUCAAUGGGGCUUCAAUUAUUAUGGAGCUUUGGACUUUCAUGUCUAGAUGCCUAUGCUUUGUGGAUAAAAAAAGACCUCCGUAGUCCAGUCUUAGCAAGCCUGUUUGUUGUCGGUGAUUGGGUAACAGCUACCUUAUCACUUGCAGCUGCGUGCUCUUCAGCAGGAAUUGCAGUUUUGUACGGGAGAGACUUGAAAUUUUGUACGGGUCCAGUACAUCUCCCAUGUGACAGAUUUGAGCUCUCCAUAUCUCUGGCAUUUGCGACUUGGUUCCUAGUCGCAAUGUCGUCUCACGUGACGUUCUGGAUCCUGGCGUCUAUUUAAAUUAUUCAAGAUUAGGUUUCCUUUUGUGCCUUUGACAUAUUCCACACCUUCACAUGUAAAUCUAACUAUUGCUGUUUUAACUUAUUUCUCCUUGAAAUGGUCAAUUUUCCUUUUCAUUUAUGGUUCUUUUUUCACUUUGAUAUGUUGGGUUUCUCUGGUCUAAUGGAGCUCGAUUAAGUUUCCACUUGUCUUGUAGAAGAGUUGAUGUAUUUGCACUUAAAAGUAUUGAAUUUGCACAUGAUUAAAUUGACAGUAUUCAGUGCGCUGACUAGCUAUGAUAUUUGCACAUAAUCAAAUUGA